CUGGACAUGGGCUUGUGUCAGUACGUGACGUAACAGUGCGAGUGUUUACGGGUGAUGGUGGAUCUUGACCUAACUUUUUGUGCAUUACACAAUGGCUGAAGAUGCAUUUUGUGAUUUUUCGCAAGAUCUUGAUCCAUCGCUGUUAAGUCAGAUGUCCAGUUACGGAACUCGUCAUAACGAGGAAAAUGAUAACUUCGGAUCCUCAGCAGGACGAAAACACAAUGGUGGUCCGGGAUAUUACAUGGAUCAGUAUGCGGCAAAUAUGGAGGGCGUUGCUGUGCCGAUGAUGAAUAUGUCCACGAAUCACAAUGGCGAAGGAAUGGCAUCCUCUUCAAUGUCGUCAGCGACAACAACUGCAGCAGCAGGUCUCUAUGAACCACACAACAGUAAUUACGCAAUGAAACCUGAGAAGGGGUUACCCCCAACCCCACCAGGAAGUCCACAGAACCAUAAAAACAUGGCAGCCCACUUACAACAGGGUGCCAUGACAAUGUCUGUAGCUGCCAUGGUCGCCGCUUCACAACAACACAUGUUAGCAAAACCUGUACCGAUGAGGCGACUCUCGGAUAAAGGUAUCACACAAACACGGACAAACCAUAACUACGCAAACCCAGUUGACUCAUUCCUCGCAGAAUCCAUGUUGGGACAAGCGGCCGUAGCAGCAGCUGGUAGCUCUCCGACAUUGGCCAGGGCCUUGGCAGCAGUACAGCAAACACAGAAACGACCCAGAAGUGAAAAGAAGGCAUUUCCUUUAGAACAGAAAGACACAAAGUACUUUGAACGGCGAAAACGUAACAACCUCGCAGCUAAAAAAUCACGAGAUGCUAGAAAAUCUCGUGAGGAUGAAAUAUCAAUUCGUGCUAGUUUCUUAGAAAAAGAAAAUGCCAUUCUUCGAGCUCAAGUUGCAACUUUACGUGAAGAAGCUAACUCACUCAAACAACUACUUCUCCAGAAGCGUUCAAAACAUUAAUGUGAUUGUUCAGGAAGUUACCAGAAUUUUUUUGAAGGUUGUAUCGCAGUCUUCACAUUGUUAAGGAAAACCGGUGUUUUUGUUUACAUUUUGUAACAUACCUUGCUGAUUUUACUCAGAUGAUUUCAUCACAGAUUGCCUUUUUCCAUUGCUCAGAAAUUGUGAAAGUUUGUCUUGUUAAAUUGGAAUUUCAAAACUACAAUAUCAUUUUCCCUCUAACUACUCAACCAGCCUGAUAGCUUGAGGUUGUGUGACUUUCCAUCAGUCAGGGGUCUAGUUGAGGAACUCAAUGGCAAUAACUGUAUAUAAUCUGUCAAAUCGUCGAGGAAUUCUGUUACAAAUCCUCGUCCAAACAUUGUUGAUAUUCCGUACUGUUUGAUACUCAGUUCUGUCCAAUUCAUUUUAAACUACUAGGGCAGUGAACAUUUAGACUGUUUUGGAUCAUAAAUUUACAAUUUAGGUGAUACAAGACGCAUUGCAGAAUUCAAUUUGAUUUUAAUGACGUUAUUGUCCAACGAAACAUCUCAUUCAUUUAGUUUUAAAAAACAGUUGUAGUUCAAACGCAAAAUAUAUGAUAGGUGUAUCAGGAAACCAAUGUGAUGAGAUCUGCUACAAAGAGGAAUCAUAAAUAAGGUAAUUUCUAAAAAUUCCGGUAAUAUUUGCUCAUUUGUGUGAUUUUGAAUGUGAGAAAUACUUAUACAGAGGUUUUUUUUAAAUGUGAGAAAUACUUAUACAGAGGUGAUGUAUAUGUUACGGGUGCUCACGAUGCUGGUAGCUACAAAUUUACAAUUUACAAUAUUAAGUUUCAUUUCAUGAAUGUACCCGGUACAAUUGAACCUUUUUGUUAACUGCUCAUCAUGUAUACGUUUGUAACCAAUGGGCUAAAACCAUAAUAUUUUACAAGCAGCUGGCUGUUACAGAUUCCAUGAUAGCAAUGUUGGAUUAUGGAAGGGAGACAACUCCUCGUUGUUUUCUAAUUCUAUCUUGACAUAAAUUUUUCUUGAAAAUUCUGUUUCAAGUAGUAAUGAUGUCUAUGAAUUUGAUGUAUGAUUAGAUAUCAGAAUAAUUGUAUAUGUAAUCAUGGAUGUAGUGUAUAUAUAUAUAUAUAUGUGUGUUAUCUUGUGUGUGGACAGAGUAAAGGACUUCUGGUGGACAGAAAAUUGAUGCACAUCUGUAGCCGAUCGGAUAUAUUUUCGGUACAUUUUCCAUCUUUUUCGAAUAAUUAUCAACAGAAAUCAAAUUUAUUCAGAAUACUGUUUUGUUUCACAAAAUUUCUGCAGAAGGUGUUCAUGCAGUUUUAAAAUUCAUAUUUUUUACAGUGUUGCUUGAUAAAGAGUACUACAAAACUAACACUGUUGCAAGAGUUACCAUUCAGCGUUAGACCCUGUUUACAUGGGAUAGCAUAUAGAAGGUCCUGGUCUGUGGUGUAAAGGCUAGAGUCCAGUCUUCCACCAGUGCCUACACCUGAAGUCCUUACUCAGAAUCUGAUUUCUAUGCAGUGCUGUUAUUUCUUAAUAGAAAACAAUUGUUACGAUAUUUGUGUAUAGAGUCUAGGCUAGGUCUGCUUGACCAUCUGUGCUGUAUGUAAAUCUGUACAUAUCGGGGAGAUGUCUGCCUGGCCGGGGUAAGAAAACCCAGUGUACAUAUUGGGGAUAUGUCUGCCUGGCCGGGGUUAGAAAACCCAGUGUACAUAUUGGGGAUAUGUGUGCCUGACCGGGGUAAGAAACCCA